UUGACUUCUGCACUUCGGAUGAAGAUAAUUCUCCAGUUGAGAAUCUUGGACAAGUGUUAUUCGGAGAAAGAAUUAGACCGUCACCCUACAAGAUUAGUUUUCUGAAAAAUGAAAACUGUGUUUCUUUGUGCAAUAAAACAUAUCAAAUGAACAAGCAAAGUGAUGUCGACAAGUUGAAUGAAUUGAAAAAGGGAAUGUCAAAAAAUUAUCAUCACCACUGGAUAAUGGAUAAUAUGCCCAUAACUUGGUGCUAUCUGGUAGAAGGAGGACAAAAGUUUUGUUCUGCGGGUUUUCCCAUGGGUUGCUACGUCAAUUCAGUAGGAACGCCUAAAGAUGCGUGUCUUUUAUAUUCUUCAUACGUCGAUAAAGAUACAUAUUAUAUAUUCAAUCAUGUGAACAUCGACAUAACUUUUCAUAGCGGAGAAGAGGAAUCGUGGGGUGGAAGUUUUGGUGAAAAAGGCGGCAGAAUUAUUGGAGUCAGAAUAAAUCCGAGAAGCAUUAAGGAUCCUAGUAAUGGUUGUAGCGAAGACGCACCUCCAAUGGCCAUUCCAGGAAAAAUAGAUAAAAAUGCCGAAAUUAAAAUUCAUUAUACAUAUUCGGUGACCUUCAAGAAAGAUAAUUCUGUUAAAUGGUCUUCUCGAUGGGAUUACAUUCUGGAAUCUAUGCCUCAUACAAAUAUUCAGUGGUUCAGUAUUUUGAACUCUCUAGUAAUUGUACUUUUCCUCACCGGAAUGGUAGCCAUGAUUCUGUUACGAACACUGCACAAAGACAUUGCCAGAUACAAUCAGAUUGACUCUGGUGACGAUGCUCAAGAAGAAUUUGGCUGGAAACUCGUCCAUGGUGAUGUGUUUCGCCCACCCAGAAAAGGAAUGCUUUUGGCUUUGUUUCUCGGAAGUGGCGUACAAGUGUUUUUCAUGACUCUCAUUACUCUAUUUUUUGCCUGUCUUGGAUUUCUCUCCCCUGCUAACAGAGGUGCACUUAUGACUUGUGCCAUUGUUUUGUACGUCUGUCUGGGAACGCCAGCGGGAUACGUUUCUGCUCGAAUCUAUAAAGGAUUUGGCGGAGAAAAGUGGAAAUCAAAUGUUCUGUUAACUGCUCUAUUUUGUCCCGGAAUCGUGUUUUCGUUAUUCUUUGUGAUGAAUCUUCUUCUCUGGGCCAAAGACAGUUCGGCGGCUAUUCCCUUUACCACUCUGUUGGCUCUCUUGGCACUGUGGUUUGGUAUCUCGUUGCCGUUGACGUUUGUCGGUGCAUAUUUUGGAUUUAAGAAGAGAACAAUAGAACAUCCGGUAAGAACCAAUCAGAUUCCUAGACAGAUUCCAGAACAAUCCAUUUAUACACAACCCAUUCCCGGCAUUAUUAUGGGGGGUAUUUUACCAUUCGGAUGCAUUUUUAUUCAGUUGUUCUUUAUUUUGAAUAGUAUAUGGUCGAGUCAGACGUACUACAUGUUUGGCUUUCUGUUUCUGGUUUUCAUCAUCCUCAUCAUCACCUGUUCCGAAACAACCAUUUUGCUUUGUUAUUUUCAUCUGUGCGCCGAGGAUUACCACUGGUGGUGGCGUUCAUUCUUGACAAGUGGAUUCACCGCAUUCUAUCUGUUCAUUUACUGCAUUCACUACUUUGUAUCAAAGUUAAACAUCACGGGCAUCACUUCGACAUUCUUGUAUUUCGGCUACACUUCGAUCAUGGUGUUUCUGUUUUUCCUCUUGACCGGUACCGUCGGAUUCAUCGCCUGUUUUUGGUUCGUAAGAAAGAUCUACAGUGUAGUCAAAGUAGACUGACGGGAUACUAUUUGGUACUACGGAUAUGGUACAAGACUCACCGAGCGGCCAGCCGGAUCUCGAGUACCAUACACUUAUGUAAAAAUUUGAUAUCGUAAAGAAAUUCGAGAUAAGUAUGUAAAUUUUGUUAGAAAUCAAAGACUAAAUCGAUUCAUAAUACUUUUGCUACGGUAACAUUCUACAUUUAAACAGUAUCCUCUAAUCAAAAUUUAAAGUUUUCCGCCGCUCCGGGAGACCGCGCCAGCCAAGGCACGGACGCCGCAUCUCAUCUCGAUCCAUUUACAAAAAAUAUUUAUUUUGUCCCGUCGGAUUCUUCCCAAACACUUUAGUUCUGUCUCAUAAAUUUGAUUCACUGCAAAUUUUAUUAUUCUAAGCAAUUGUUUGUGAUAUAUCAAUUUUGCCAAUUAACAAGAUAAUAUAAUUGUCAUGAGUUUUGCAUGGAUUUGUGGCACAAGAAUGAAAAUUUCUAUAUUAAACUGUAAACAUGUUUCAAAGGAAAAAUCUUUUUUGAUUUAA